AUGCUAUUCUUCGACUUCUUCCAGAACCUCGUGGACAGCAACGCCCAGGUCACAGUGGAGAUGAAAAAUGACGUCCAAAUAACGGGCACGUUGCAAGCAGUGGAUCAGUAUUUCAAUGUUAAACUUAAGAACAUCUCUAUCAACAAUCCUGAACAGUACCCUCAUCUCCUCUCUCUACGUAAUUGUUUUAUCCGAGGCAGUGUUGUACGGUCCAUGAUGAUGAUGCUGUUUAUGCUUAUAGAGCUUAACUGAUCAAUGCCGGAAAGAGCUUGCAGCACAAAGCGGUGUCAACAGGAUAGAGCCUGCCAAGUAACCGUUGAGCGCGAAUACAAUUUACCG